AGAAGACACUCUCGAGAUGAGCAGAGGUUGCGUGGAGCAGUGCGCUAGUGCACUGCAGGCAGCGUGAUGCGGGCGAGCGCGCGCAGAGGCGGCGGCGCGUGUCCCGCUACCGCGCCCGCCCCUUGCGCGUGAUGCACGCGGGCAGUGCCGCGCUCCACGCGUGGCUCGUCUGCUGCGCGGCCGCGCUCUCCUCGCACAAGUACAGCACGAGGGUCGUACGAACUAAGUACGGGACGCUUCGUGGCAUUGUCGUCCAUUCGCAUCCUCAAGUCGAGGCAUACCUUGGCGUGCCUUACGCCACUCCACCACUAGGUAGCUUAAGAUACAUGCCGCCGGUGACUCCAUCCCAGUGGCGGACGACGCGGCUAGCUGACGCGCCCGGGCCGGCGUGUCCGCAGGCGCCGCCGGCUGCCGUGCCCCGGGACGACGCCUUGCUAGUGCACCCCCGCGCUCGCAUCCGACAACUAGAGAGGCUCCUACCUGUGCUCGCCAAUCAAAGCGAGGACUGCCUUUACGUUAACUUAUACGUUCCUGUAAAUGGGGGCGAGGGUGACGGAGGCGGUGGCGGGCUUCCUUGUCUCGUGUUUGUUCACGGAGAGUCUUAUGAGUGGAGCACGGGUAACGCGUACGACGGCACAACUCUAGCCGCGCAAGGCAACAUCGUUGUAGUCACUAUCAACUUUAGGUUAGGUGUACUGGGUUUUUUAAAGACUGGUGCUAAAGGUUCGGCGCAGGGUAACUUUGGGCUGAUGGACCUUGUGGCGGGACUGCACUGGCUCCGGGAAAAUCUGCCCGCCUUCGGAGGUGAUCCCGAAAGGGUUACGCUUAUGGGUCACGGAACUGGAGCCGCCCUGGCCAACUUUCUCGCAGUUUCACCUGUUGCUCGGGAACUAUUGAAGCGAGUUAUCUUGUUAAGCGGGUCGGGGCUCAGCUCGUGGGCGUUGCAGAGAGAGCCGCUGACGAUAAAAAGAAAGGUGGCGGAACAGACCGGGUGUCACGGAGACUUAUUGGAGGAUGACUUGGCACCGUGCUUGCGAAACAAGCCGCUCUCUGAGCUUCUAGCUGUUAAGCUCGACCCCCCAAGGUUUCUGCCUGGAUUCGCGCCCUUCGUCGAUGGCACUGUUAUUGUCAAUCCAACAUCGGCACCGCCUCCUUCUGACAGCACAAGACUAGGGGCAGGCGCCGCUGCAGUCGCCAACGCUGCGGGUUACGAGCUCGCUGACUUCUCACACAGAGAAUUACUAUUUGGACUCACGACCACUGAGUCGUAUUUGGAAUUUAGCGCGCAAGACUUAGAGUUUGGUUUCAAUGAAAGCAGACGAGAUCGAAUACUUCGCACGUUCGUAAGGAACGCCUAUUACUACCACCUAAACGAAAUAUACUCGACGUUGAAAAAUGAAUACACCGAUUGGGACAAGCCUGUGCAGAAUCCACUUAGCGUUCGGGAUGCAACUCUAGAGGUGCUCAGUGACGGCCGGACAGCGGCGCCUUUGAUCAGGCUCGGAUAUCUCCACGCGUUACGCGGUGGUGUCACUUACUUCACGCAUUUUCACCAUCUCUCUCAAGACAAGGAUUAUCCACAAAGACCAGGUUCAGUUCACGGGGAAGAGUUACCUUACUAUCUUGGAGUACCGCUAUCACAAAUGCAUAACCAGCGGAACUAUACGCAACAGGAGCAAAAAGUAUCCAAACUUUGUUUGCACUACAUCGCGAACUUCGUCAAAUAUGGUAAUCCGAACGAUCCAUCAGCAACUCCUCCUCCCAGUCCGAUGCUCGGUGACGCCCCGCGGCUCGGCCCAGACCAGACCCCGUAUUGGGAUACCUACGACACUAUCAAUCAACUUUACAUGGAAAUCAGUAGCAAGGCGGAGAUGAGGAGCCACUAUCGCGGGCACAAGAUGUCCCUGUGGUUGUCUUUAAUACCGCAGCUACACCGCCCUGGGCCUGAUCUACCCGACGCCACUAUGCGACACCACCAUUUUCAAGAAGACAACGCUAACUAUUAUGAAGGUGCCGUGAGGCCGCAGUCUAUGUCUCGAGCACACAUACCGCACGCGGUCAACAUCGAUGUCGGUCGCAGUGGAGAGACACGCACCACUCCUCCCACACGCGUGUCGCCCCCGCGUCCCUCUCCAAUGCCUCCUGUACCCUCCACUGAGUGUCCACCGAACGUCACGGCCACACCUAUUCAACCAGAUGACGCUCUACUCCGACGGCUCGCGUCUUCCCAUUACCAGUCUUACACCGCCGCACUCACAGUUACCAUAGCAGUCGGAUGUUUUUUGUUAUUACUAAACGUUUUAAUAUUCGCUGGUAUUUAUCACCAACGGGGCUCCCGACCUCGGCGUUCCAAGGACGAUCUCGCCGAGGCCGGGAGUUCCUCUUCCUCUGAUAAUUACGACGGUAAAUUGGACUACGAAGUGCGCACGUUUGACGGGAAAGGUUUCGGGUUUGAGUGUAAGUCGGCGCACGUGCCUCGCGGUUUUGGAUCUAAGUUUGACUUACGGACGUUGUCGGACUGCGGGGAGCCGACAUUCGGUGAGUACAGCUGCUACGAAGAAAAACAUCGAGCGGCACGAAGCUCGAUGCCAGAUGUCAGUGUCGGCAGCGCGAUCGAGGCCGGUAGUCUCGUCUGUAUAGACACUCAGAAGCCCGAUAUACAAAAAGUGGAGGGCCGAUCGCAGGACCCUGUUGGUAGAACGAGUACGUUCGAGCCUCGUGUUGUAGAUAGUUCGACUCAGGUUAAAUUUGGGCCAGAGUCUUCAGAAAAUACGGCAGAAUGCAAUGAAUCUGAGUCCGGAGGUGCGAGUGGGUCAGGGAUACUGCGUGUUCCGACCGCAGCCGCUACGCCAGCGCCUCCUGGUAUCAUGAAGAAGAGAGUGCAAAUACAAGAGAUUUCUGUAUGAGGGUUUCUCGAGACCGCUGCCGAGGUGGUUGUCAAUAAACGGACUAAAUUAUGAUUUUACUAUAUCGGUGUAAAUAAAUAAAAAUGAUCGUGUAAGUUCUCUUGUAAAUACAUCAAAUUAAUAUAUGCCAGAUAGUUAAAUAAAUUGAACAGUGAUAUUAUUUAGGAAUAACAUUUCAGAGAACAGUGAAUGUUAAUUUCAAGUUAUUCUGAGUUGAAAAUUGGAAACGUAACACCCGAGGUAAUAAAAUAUAUCUGAACGUUUUAUACGUUUUCAAUCUGUUGCUCAUAAUUUUACGUGGAUAUUUUAAUUAUCAUAAUGAACACU